AUGCCUGGCCGAAUCAUCCCCGCCCACAUUCAGAAUUACAUUUAUUCCUGCGAAGCCGCCGACGCUUACACUCCCACUUCCUAUCCGCGCCAAUAUACCAACCCUAACCAUUCGAGACACGCUAGUGGAGACCACUAUACCUCGGAUAGAAUCAUGGGUCGAGACAGGCGUUCGGCGCCUCUGCCGCCUCCUGGAAUUACUUCUUCUUCCCGUUCCGGAAGGCGUUCUUCCUUUGCCUCGCCGUCUGCACCUCCGGACCUCAGCCGUCUUAGGAUCGCGGAAGAGCCACCACCUUCUUGGCCACGGCCUGCUCGUCGUGCGACGCCUCCCUCUCCCACUCCACCUUCCACCAGGGAGAGGCGCAAGAAUGUCCACUUCGAUGCCCCAUCAACCACCACCUCCGCCACCCCCAGCGGCCCCGUGCCCCAACGGCCCAAAGCUUUCGCCUGUGAUGCGCCCCCCGUAGCCAUUUCAGAAUCUGCCAAGGAUACCGCGCGACGAUUGUACCAUCGCAAGAACAGUGACGGCGGGCCGGUACGGGAAUCGGCAAGGCCAGGCGCCAGUCUGAGGCGAUCGGAGUCGACGUGGACGUUGAAUUCCACCCGGGCGGAGAUGGGGACGACUGUAGGUGGUGGCGGGAGGAAGGAGAGGAGGGGCGCAGGGGAGAGGGAGAGGGAGAGGGAACGGAGGGACCGGCCGUCGAGGAGGCGGUAG